AUGCGGCGGCAGAAGGGGGAUUGGAGGAGGUGGCUGACUUGUGUGAAGGGGGAUUGGAGGAGUCGACUGAUUCAGUCGAAACGACGGGUUCGAUUGAUGCUAUUCGUCUUGGAAGGGGGAUCGGAGGAGUCGACUGCUUCGAUUGAUGCUAUUGGCGCGGACGGUGAGGUGGUGGUGGCGCCGACGGUGGAGGGACUUCGCCGGCUACGACGGCGUGCUCCGGGGGUACAACAUCACCCUCGAACACCGCAAGUAGACGCCGCAAGUGACGGCUUCUGCAUCACCGGUGCCCGCAAGCAACGGGUUUCUGCCUCUUCGGUGGCCACAAGCCGGCACUGCUCCAGCUCCAAACCAGCACAGCAGGCCAGUCGCGGAAAUCAGAUGCGACAUCUACCUCCUUUGUCCGCCGGCCGACGAGAUAUUAGAUGGGAAGAAAACGGCGCGCUGUGCACCGGCGGCAAGCUGGACGACCGGAGAUUGCCAAAUCGAUCUUCACGUUUCGUUUUCCUUACACAAACAAUCUUCAACAAUUUUUCAAAUUCAAGGUUUAUUAUGAUCCCAACCUUAAUUUCUGUCAAAACCCCAUUUCCUAUUCCUACCAUCAACCCAUAUCUCAAGAAUCCUAAGAUUUACUGUUCCCAGCAAAGGAACUCCAAAAACGCUGUGAAAGAAUGCAGAAAGAACAAAACCAAUGUGCAUCCUGCUAUCGUUUUUAUCCCAAAUGAAGAAAAACAUGAGGAGAAACUCAUAUCUAGAGUAAAAAACGGAUCUUUACAGAUGGGCAGUCGAGAUAUGAUGAGAUUAUGCGGGCUAGGUUACUAUGUGAACGGUUUCAGGGGUUUCCCUUGGUUGGCCUUGAAUUACCACAUGACUCACAAUCUUAACAUGCAUCCAUCCACAUUGCAGCUUGUGCAGAAUUCUGCUAACUUGCCUAUGGUGGCAAAGCCUUUAUAUGGGAUUUUAUCUGAUGCUAUCUACAUUGGCGGUGCUCAUAGGAUACCUUACAUUUCUAUUGGUGGUAAAAUUGUCUCUUGGGUCUCAUUAGCCUUAAUCCCGGUUGCCAGUGAAGCUUAUCGUCCUCUAAUGACAUGCGUUCUCUUAAGCAACCUUGGGGCAUCCUUAGCCGAAGUAGCUAAAGAUGCACUCAUUGCAGAAUACGGGCAGAAGAACAAAACCCAUGGCCUCCAAUCUUACGCCUUCAUGGCCUCAGCCUUUGGUGGGAUUCUUGGUAACCUAAUUGGUGGAUUUUUUCUUCUCAAAACCCAACAGCCCAAAUCCAUGUUUUUAGCCUUUGCAACCAUACUCUCCCUCCAACUCACGUUAUGUCUUCAAACUCGAGAGGAAUCUCUCGGCCUACCACAGCCCUUGAAUUAUACAUAUUUUCAAGAAUCGAUUUUUGACAUAAUUAAAAAGCAAUAUUCCGAUUUAAUGGCAGCAGUUAGGGAAAGUUCUGUGUGGCGUCCAUUGAUUUGGGCUGUCUCGUCAAUUAUAUUGGUCCCAAUGCUUUCGGGCUCGUUAUUUUGUUACCAGACUCAGAAUCUCCAUUUGGGCCCGUCGAUUAUUGGGCUUUCAAAAGUGACGGGCCAGCUUAUGCUGCUCUCCUUAACCGUUUUGUACAAUAGGUUCGGGAAAAACGUGCCCAUGAGAAAACUAGUCGGGAUAACGCAAAUCGUGUACGCGUUUUCGCUUCUUCUCGAUUUUGUUCUUGUCAAGCAGCUGAACGUUUGGGCCGGGAUUUCGAACGAGGUUUACACUCUGUGCUUUUCUGGGCUGGCCGAGACUGUGGCCCAAUUCAAGCUCCUGCCUUUUCACGUGCUUUUUGCCAGCCUGGCGCCACCUGGAUGUGAGGGCUCAUUGAUGUCGUUUUUGGCUUCGGCUUUGUGUUUGUCGUCAAUAAUCGGCGGGUUUUUGGGGGUCGUUUUGGCCUCAUCUCUCGGGAUAAGUUCUGGUGAUUACUCGAGCUUGCCUUUGGGGAUUUUGGUGCAAUUUUUUGCGGCUUUGUUGCCUUUAGGUUGGAUUGAUUACGUGCCCAUGUCCGGGAUUUUUCGUGAGAGGAGUAGAAAGAGAGUUGGGAGUAAAAAGUCGAGGAGGAAUAGGAGAGUGGGCCGAGUAGUUUUCGACUCGGUAUAUUCUUAUCGUCGGGUGAGGGAAUCUGAUUUGCAGAGGUGAAAAUAUUUUGUAAAGGUUUUUUGGGACUUGUUUGUGGUUAGGUGUUUCCUGCUGCAACUUGUGGUAAUAGUGUUGUGAGUUAGUUGGCUGUAGGACAAGCUGGUGAAUUUUACCAACGAGUAUUCUUAUAGUUGGUUUUUUUUACUGCUUGAGAGGGAAAGUUGUUUCCUUUAAAGGAGAAGCAAUGUAGAAAGGUGGGAGAGUANACUUUAAUUAUUUUAAUUU